AUGGUCACCCCAACCUCUCGUGUUGCCGAAGAGAUCCCCGAAAAUUUUGUGCAUCGUCUGCGACAAUUCAUGCGCUCGAUUUCCCCGGUUCCACCUCGAGCUCCAUCGACCGAGCCUUAUGUUGAAGAAGGCUUAGCCAACUGCACCCAUGUGUUCGUUCGGUGUGAUCGUGUGCGGAAGCCGUUAGAAUCACCAUACGAAGGACCGUUUCGUGUGCUUGCACGUAACAGCAAGACCUUUCGGAUCCUGCGAGGUGACAAAGAGGACGUAGUCAGCAUCGACCGGUUCAAGGCUGCUGUUGCAGAGAAGCCCCCGGACGUGUCUCAAGGACAAACAUGUGCUGACCCCAUACCUCCUCCCACUCCUUUUCCACUUUCCCCACCUAUCCCUCCGUCCCGUAUACUUCCUCUUCCUUCUUGUUCGCAGCAUCAAACUGCAACCUCUUCCUCCGCCCUUAACUUGUCCACUACAACACCUACUCAGCUGCCUCCAACAGUGCCUCCCGCAUAUAUCACCCGCAGUGGACGUCACGUUCACUUUCCCGAUCGUCUAGUUACUCAUUUCUCCUAG